AUGUUGCUUAAGAAGAUGGUCAACAGGUGGCAGAGUUCACAUACUCACUGUCAGUGGCAGAUGACAUUGAGCCAACGGAGAGACCCAUACGCGGCCCUAAGGAUGCAGGACGCUAUGCAACAGGAAUUAGCACUGUCCAACAAGCAGCUGCUGCUGGUCCGGCAAGCUGCCUUACACCAGCUGUUUGAAAAGGAACAUCAACAGUACCAGCUGGAACUCAAUCAGCUGGGCAAAGCUUUUUAUGAGGAAAGACUCUGA